UCUCCAACAUAUGUUUUAAUCAUAAAGUGUUACCUCAGUUUCCAGAAUGCGAGGCCCCCUCUGAGGCCCCCCGAUCUAGGGCCUCUAUGAUAACACAUAGUCUACCUCUGCAUAUUUAACUGUACACCUCAUUUGUUUUUCUAACAUUUACAACUUUGGAUUCCUUUUAAAUAUUUGCUUUAUUUAGAUUUGAUUUUGAUUGUAUUUUUCUUUUGCUAGUCAUUGUUUUAGUUUUGUCAUUUUCUUAUUUAGCUCAUUUAAUUUUCGUUAACUCGUAUUUCAUUUACUGUGGUUUUGUUUUUAUAAAUUGGGCACCUCAAUGGGCAGCCGAGGUUAUUUAGGGGGGCAGGUGUAGGACCAGCAUGUACCUGGGUGGGCCUGUGGUUUUGUACCAGAGCUAGAGAGGCAGCAGGGAACCUGAUGGCUUCGUUCUUUAGCCUGCGUGAACCACAUCUCCUCGGUGCAACAGUGGCCUUUUGAUUUUAUGUUGGAUUGAAGUUUGUUUGAAGACGAGCAGCCACUACAGCAGGUUCGGUCUGGGUCUGUCUCCGGGUCUGUCAGAGUUUGAUCCGGGUCCGUGGUCCAGAUGUUCAGACUUCUCUCCCGGAGGCUCCGGCCGGUCAGCGGUCCGGCGGGCCUCCUCUCCGCCCGCUCAGCUCGCUCCUUCGGCGGCUGUCCUCCGGAGCUUCCCGCUGCCCGGGUCCGGAGCACCUUCCUGGACUUCUUCCGGCAGAAACACGGACACCUGCUGGUCCCGUCCUCCACGGUCCGGCCCAGAGGAGACCCCAGCCUGCUGUUCGUCAACGCCGGCAUGAACCAGUUUAAGCCGAUCUUCCUGGGGACGGUGGACCCUCGCAGUGAGAUGGCCUCGUACCGCAGAGUGGUCAACAGCCAGAAAUGUGUCCGAGCCGGAGGGAAACACAACGACCUGGAGGACGUGGGCCGAGACGUCUACCACCACACCUUCUUCGAGAUGCUGGGAAACUGGUCGUUUGGAGACUACUUCAAGGAAGAGGCGUGCUCGAUGGCGUGGAGCCUCCUCACAGAGCAUUAUGGGAUACCUGCAGACAGACUGUAUGUGUCUUAUUUUGCUGGAGACGCAGCGUCAGGUCUAAAAGCUGAUGAGGAGACUCGACAGAUCUGGUUAGACAUCGGGGUCCCCUACAGUCGCCUCCUGCCAUUCGGCCUGAAGGAGAACUUCUGGGAGAUGGGGGACUCGGGCCCCUGUGGUCCCUGCACUGAGAUCCACUACGACCACGUUGGGGGACGAGACGCUGGAACGCUGGUCAACGCUGACAGUCCUGAUGUGGUGGAGAUCUGGAACCUGGUCUUCAUGCAGUAUAACAGGGAGGUGGACACCAGUCUGCGGCUGCUGCCCCAGUUCAGUGUGGAUACUGGGAUGGGACUGGAGAGACUGGUGACCGUCCUGCAGGGAAAAAGAUCAAACUACGACACCGACCUGUUCACCCCCCUGCUCCACGCCAUCCAUCAGAGAUCGAAGGUGGGGGCGUACGGUGGCAGGACGGGUGCAGCAGACCAGGGAAAGUUGGACAUGGCGUACAGGGUGGUGGCCGACCACAUCCGUACUUUAUCAGUCUGCAUCGCUGACGGAGUUCAUCCAGGCAUGUCAGGAGCCGAGUUGGUGCUGAGGAGGAUUUUACGGCGGGCGGUGCGCUUCUGUGUCGAGGUCCUUCAGGCUCCUCAGGGAGCACUGGCCAGCCUGGUUCCUACUGUCACCCACAUCCUGGGCGACGUGUAUCCAGAGCUCCACAGGGAGGCAGACCGGAUCAUGGACAUCAUUAAUGAGAAUGAGGCUCAAUUCCUGUCGUCUCUGCAGCAGGGCAGCAGGCUGAUCCACCGCACACUCAACAGAAUGGACUACAAACAUGGAGUCUUCCCCGCCUCGGUGGCCUGGUCUCUGCACAGGGACCUGGGUUUUCCUCUGGACCUGGUGGACCUGAUGUUGGAGGAGAGAGGAGUCCAGGUGGACCGUCAGGAGCUGGACCGACUGAUCGCUGAGAACCAAAAGGUGGCGUCUGAUCUGCAGUCAGGUGUUCAGUCUCAAGUGAUGUUGGACGUCCUCAGCCUGGCAGAGCUGCAGCGUCUCGGGGUUCCUCACACUGACGACAGCCUCAAAUACCAGUACAGACUGGAACAGGAUCGAUACGUGUUCCCAGCAUGCCAUGCGACAGUCCUGGCUCUGUAUGACGGUGAGGCUCUGGUGUCAGAGGUCACUGAGGGUCAGCGCUGUGGGGUCGUCCUGGAUAAGACCUGUUUCUACUCUGAGCAGGGGGGGCAGUCACAUGACCAGGGCUACUUCACCCGGGACGGACUGCAGGACUUGCUGUACCCUGUGGAGGAGGUGGUCCUGGCGGGGGGGUACGUGGUCCAUCAGGUGACUGCAGCUGACAGUCUGAAGACUGGAGACCAGGUCCAGCUACACCUGGACCAGGUCCACAGAUUGUCCUGCAUGGUGAAACACACAGCGACUCACAUCCUGAACUUUGCUCUGAGGACAGUUCUGGGUCCUUCAGUUCAGCAGAGAGGAUCUCAUGUAUCAGCUGACCGCCUCCGCUUCGACUUCAGUGUCAAGGGUUCUCUGAGUGUCUCUCAGCUGCAGCAGGUGGAAAGGUGUGUUAACAACAUCAUCUCAGCCAAUCAGAUCGUCCACAGCCAGGAGCUUCCUCUGCAGAGAGUCAGGAGCAUCGCUGGACUGAGGACCGUGGACGAGAUGUAUCCUGACCCUGUCCGGGUGGUGUCGGUGGCGAUCCCGGUGUCUGAGCUGCUGGACGAUGAGACAGAUAGGCAGACGUCUGUGGAGCUCUGCUGUGGAACUCACCUGCUUCAGACCGGAGCGAUAGAGGAUCUGGUGAUCGUCUCCGAGAGACAGAUGGUGAAAGGAAUCAGUCGGAUCAUCGCUGUGACGGGACAGGAGGCAACACGGGCUCGGGAUGCAGGUCAGGUUUUGUCUCAGGAUGUGGACUCUCUGUCAGCCAGACUGACAGGCUCCCCCCCCUCUUGUCUUGACUCCGCUCAACGUCUCGCCAAGGAGGUCGGGGUCCUCUCUGAUGCUGUAGAUAACACCCCCAUCCCUCAGUGGCAGCGCAGAGAGCUGCAGAGUCGACUCAAAGCUCUGCAGAGGACCAGUAACACCACCGUCAGGAAAAUGGAGACUAGAGAGGCUGCAGGUAGAGCUCAGGCUCUGCUGGAGAAGAACGGCAGGAAGGAUCUGCUGGUGGACUCGGUGGAGACGGACUCUCUGUCGGUUGUGAUGAAAACGGUGAACCAGCUGAGCUCCAUCUCUCCUCUGAGUCAUGUGAUGCUGCUCGCUCACCAGGGGCAUUCUGGGAAGGUUCUGUGUGCCUGUCAGGUUCCCAAGGUCUUGACGUCUCUCUCGGCCUCCGAUUGGGCGGUUGCGGUGUGUCGUCACCUCGGGGGGAGCGCUGGGGGCUCAGCGCUGGUCGCCAAAGGAACAGGAAGUAGCAGUGACAUCGCUGAGGCUUUAAAGUGGGCGGAGGAGUUCGCCCGCCGGAAAAUACAGCAGUGAUGUCGCUGGGAUGUCGCAGCGCCUCCUGGUGGAGGCUGUACCAUUGUUGUCAGAAUGGACCGCACUAAGGUACAGGUGACUGUAAGCCCCACCCACAGCUGCAGCCCGCCUCUUCUCAUUGGACAACAGUCUCAGGGGUGAAGGUUUAUUAUUUAAAACAGAUAUUUUAUAGUUUUAAACUGAACAUUUCUUUGUUUUAAAAGAAAUAAAAACAUCUCGACUCACAA